CAGGAGCAGGACAUGUUCAUUGUACAAGCUCUUCUGAAAGAAUACCGCGGCUGCUGAGGUGAAGUCUUAGAAAUACGUGAUUUCUUCAAAGUUGUUUUAUUAGUGAAAGACGAUUGAUGUGUUUCGAUGUAGUUGUAUGUGCGUUACUGGGUUAUAGACGCAUGUACCAGUGAUAGAAAAGUAAUCGUUGUGCGCGUUGUGUUGUCAGCUCUGGAAUUUGUUCGGCAAUAGCACAGCUAGCUAGCCAACGUUAGCAAGCCACCUUGCGGUCCUAUAGAUUCCUAGCUAGCUUGACGACGAACCUCAGUAAAGUGUAAAUUAAUUAGCUAGACACGUACUAGUUUUUCGGUUUCGUUUAAUUGAAUAAACUUGUUUCCAGUUACUGUACUGCAACACGUUAAAUUAAGUGAGACGUCUAACGAUAGUGUAAAGAAAAAAGCGGAUAUUUGUGGGAGGAGAAGAACGUUGGGUUUUUUACAAGAUCCUCAAACCAACUAGCUAUCAUGAACGGGUUCAGCACAGAAGAAGACAGCCACGACGGCCCCCCAGCGCCGCCGUUUUACGGUCAGACUUGUUGUUUGAUUGAGGACGGCGAGCGCUGCGGACGAUCGGCUGGAAAUGCGUCCUUCAGCAAGCGGAUCCAGAAAAGCAUAUCACAGAAAAAACUAAAGCUGGACAUCGACAAGAGCGUUAGACACCUCUACAUAUGUGACUUCCACAAAAACUUCAUCCAGAGUGUCCGUAACAAGAGGAAGAGGAAGACCAGUGAUGAUGGAGGAGAGUCUCCAGACCAUGAUGUGGAAGUGCCAGAGGUAGACCUGUUCCAGCUUCAGGUGAAUACGCUAAGACGCUACAAGAGACACUACAAGCUCCAGACCAGACCUGGCUUGAACAAGGCCCAACUGGCUGAGACCGUGAGUCGUCACUUCCGCAACAUCCCGGUGAACGAGAAGGACACCCUGACCUACUUUAUAUACAUGGUGAAGAACAGCAAAAGCCGGCUGGACCAGAAGUCAGACGGCAGCAAACAGCUGGAAUAAAGCCCCCCCCCCCCCCAUUAAGUCGCCGCACCAAUAAGACUUGGACAUGGACACGAGAUGCAUAACAAGGUGUUUCUGCCAGGCAGCCAAUCCUGAUUUAAGACUGUUGUUGAGUUAAUGUGAAUAUGCCGAUAUGUACAAGACACGCAGAGGACGAGAAGAUAUCAGCAACACUGUAGAAAGCAUUGUAUGAUAACUGCCUUAAAAGAUGGUUGGGUAUUUACUUUUUUUUGGGGGGGGGGGGGGGGCUUUUGUGUUCUGUCUUGACUGUUAACAACUUUAAGAGAUGCUUGUGCCAAACCAGAGAGUGCAAAGUUAUGAUUUCAAGUGAACUGGGAGGAGCAUUGUUGAGUCCGGCUAGAUUACUCUAUGUAUCGACGUGCAUGUGAAGAUUGAAGUUAAUUUAUGUAGCAUUUGGCCCUGCCCCCCCCUUUUUUUCACAUUUUUAUUCAGACCUGUCCCUUUUCCUUCUUAUACACUAAAACACACAAGUACUACAACCUGGAGUGGCAGUGAAUGACAAGCUCUUUUCAAGGAUUUGUGAAUUUUGUCUGACCUGUUUCCUUUACGCAAUUUUCUACCUACUAUUCUACAUAAUAGUACUUAAGUUAGUCUAUUUGGAGUUUUGUCUGCUAGAAAAUACUAUUUAAACCCUGGUUUUCAUUGUGUCAUUGUCAUGGUUUCACUUUAUGGGACUUGUUAUGAGCAGUGAAAAUGUUGUGUUCAUUAGGGGGUGGAGUGUCCUUUGUUACUGCUUCUUUAUAAGUUUUAUUCCUAUUAACGCAGGCGUGAUGUCAAACGUCUCCAUCAUGGGAGCAAUACCCCAACACGUAAGCCGAUCUAGCGCUUAUUUGCACUGGCAGGUUUUUUUCUCUCGCUUUAGCGGUACUUCGUUCAGUUCUUUUGGAAUGUAUAUCCGAGGAAUCAUGUCACCCUCGGUUGUCUGGCCCGUUUCCUCUCUUGGCACGGUGUUGAAAUCAUGGGUGUGUUUCUUGGACACACAGCCACAUGAUAACAAUGCCAAUUACAGUUGUUGCGGGAAGACACUUGUCUUAGUGUCUCUCUAAUUGGGGAUUUCUCCUUCACUUCAACAUUGCUCUAUGCUCAAGUAUUAUUUUUUUGACUGGUCUCUCAACACAUGGUAUUAUGCCUUAUGUAAUUUCCAGUCUCUCUGCUGUCUCUCAUCCCUAGACCUUAUUUAAUUCCCACAGAAGAAGUAAUGUCUGCUGUUUUCCGUCUUACGCCGUAGUGUUAGCCCAAUCAAGUGUGUCACUGUUAAAGUAUCUAUGGCAUUUUAUUUGUUUCAUAAGUUUCUUUUUUUGGGGGGUGGGCUUGUAGCUCUGUUAGUGCCAGAUACUGUAGAUUCCUCUCAUUCUCCCCCUUGGUAACAUAUUGGCUGUGCUGCAUUAAACUAAUUGUUGUGAUAGAUGAUACUCAUGUAUUUAAAUAUGGCUGCUUAUUGCUUUUAAUAAACGUAUUGUACAUAGAUAA